GAUGAAAAUCUAUUCAAAUGGAAUAAAAUGAUAUGAGCAUUUGAGUACGUCAGGUGAAUAAUCCACCAGAUUUAACUGAUAUUUAGGACUCUCAUCAUGAUUUUCAAAUGAAGCAUUCUGCAUAUCUUUUAAAGGCCUUAUAAGAAGUGAAAAGUUACAUCUGAGCAACUGAAAUAUAUAUGUUUAAAAACAUCAAAAAGCUUUACCUGAAAAUGACCGAAAUGAAGUGGAAAUAAAUAUGAACUAAAACCAUAAAAGAACAUGUUGCGAUAUAUCAUCCCCAAGUAUAUCAUCAUAUUAUAUCUGUAUUCUACUAUAUGAUUCUACAAUACUGAAGAUGUAGAGAAUCUUAAUCAGCAUAUAUAAAUAAACAUGAUCAUUAUAAGAGCUGAUGUGGUGUCAUCGAGUGAGAGGACAGCACAAAUCAAAAUGAAACUUUAAACCAUUGGUAUCUACAUCUAUGUAGAUAUAGGUGACACUUAGUUUAGGUAGUAUCGUUAGAGACAUUGAUGGUAUCUCACAGAGUCUGAAAUCUUUUCGGUGAACUUUACUGCAUUUUACCUUUAAUUUUUUAAGUUGAUUGAACGCAAUCCACACCUUCUUGAAACACGAAACAGUUUAUGAAUUUCGGUUCGUAAAUGAAUCUAAGAACUAUUGAACUGAUGGUGUGUGAAGUAUUUAUUUGUGAUUCAAGUAGCUGAUUUGCUUCAGAAAAAAGGAAAUUUGAUUUUUUUUUUCGAAAGCAAGAAGAGAGAGGGAGAGAUGGCUCUUCUGUAUCGUUUCUCUCGACUGAACGACAGAUCUAAUACUGGUGUCUUCACCUUCAUUGUCACUCGAUCUGUGACACGUGAUGUUCAUCGUGACGCCACCACAAAAGACUUUACAUUCGGUUACCACAAAUGGGCCGUUUCAUUCACCCGGACAGAGAAGAUUUUAGGGGUGUUUUUGAUUCUCAGAAACCCAACUGAAGGCACUAAAUGUUACGUAGACUUUAGCUUUACCAUUCUCAACAGAGAACAUUUCUCUAAGAACGAGGUCUAUCCGAUGAAGAAUGCUAGUUUCAGUGUAGAAGAACCAGCUCACGGUACCAGCAAAUGGAUGUUAAUGAGCGAGCUGAAGACGCGUAGGUUCACAGACGAGAAUUGGGAAUUCUUGAUGGAACUUUCCGUCAGCAACGCUAUGACCGUUUUCGAGGGGCUGGUUAAGGUGCCGCACGUAGCUCACUCGGCAAGUGGCCAAAAAAGCCGCGUCAAAUUGGAGACGUCCUACUUUACGUUUGGAAACUUCGAGUGGAACGUUUCCAUAUUGCCACAUGGUGACGAAGCGGAUUCCAGCUCGCGACCAAGGGUCCUAUUAAACAGACUCACCGGUUUUGACCACCAGUGCCGAGUCAUGUAUCGAGUCGUCUUAGGUGAAGGCGAGCGCAAGAUUGACUCUGGCAUUCUCGACCAAAUCUCGGACAUGAGUGGCCGAAUUCGAGGAUUCUCCCUCCGUUGUCAGGUGCCGGAUAUUGUCCGGCGAACUGUCCUCCGGGUACACACAGAAAUGAUCUGUGCUAAUACAAUCAGUGAGGCCAAGGUGCCUACCACACGUGAUCCUAACUCAACGGCCAACUGCUAUGACCGGGACAAGCAGGGAUGGUGCGUUGAAGCAGACUUAGAGUGCGAGUUCCUGAGGCUGAAGCUCUUCUACUCGGACCUGCACAACGUACCAAGGAACCACCUGCGGUCGGUUUCGUGGAACGCUUACGUCAUCCGCGACCAUCCCACAACGGGGAUUAAGGAGAGCGUGAUAGUGCUGAACGCACCUCAUAACAACUAUUAUGUACAAGAUGGCGUAGAUAUGGGAGUUAUCAUGGAGACCAAUAUACCUGUGAAACAGGUGCGAGAAGCAAACAGUGCCUACCUAGAAAACAACACUCAUCUGACAGUUCACAUUGAGUGGUUGGAAUCUGUUCUUCUCUUUAGCGCCCUCUACCAUAAAUAUGAUGACGUGUGCAGAAUACACGGACACCAGAUGAAGCGUGAAAUCACGGCACUUCAAGUAGAGAACUACAGCUUGGAGAGGCAGCUUUUCAGCUAUCAAAAAUCCUUAGCAAUUUCCCAGUCUCGAACGCCGCAACAUACCGGAGAACUAGACGAAGAAUACUACAAUGACCACUACUAUGAAAGGAGCUUAAACAAGGAGCAAAGCUUCUCGGAAUCUGAAUAUGUGUGAGAACAUACGGGUGAAAACACUCUGCCUUCUUCACAAGGACAGAGUGCCACAAACUUCCACUAGGUGGCGCUUCUGGUGGAAUGGGGGAAAGCAGAGUAGAAGGCCAUCUCUUCAGGAGGGGUAACCGAGAAGAAAAACCACCUUAAAAUCAUUUAGGUUUUUAUGAAUGACGUAAAUAGAAAUGAAAGCUAUAACUUCAGGGCAGUCACUAGAAAGACCUAUGUUAAAAGCUUUAGUAAUAAACGCUUUAAUUAUAUUCAGAAUUCAAACGCUUUAAAAGCAAUCAUCCUCUUUUAAAAGAUAUAUUUGACACUCAUAUUUGGAUAUUAUUGUUUUUUUUUUAAUUUUUCAAUCUAUUUUAUUUAUUCUUUUUAAUAUCUUGCUCUAAUAAUUCCUAUCUGUGUGCAAAUUUGACGUAAAUUUUGUAUAUGCUGAAAAUACAAAAAAUUAAUAACAUUAGUAAAAAAUAAAGAUUUGAAUGAACUAAAACACAUACUAAAAACCAUAUCAAGAUUUGAUAAACAAAAAUGUGUUUUGUAAUAGCAAUAUAAAGUAUUUCAAACAUUUUUAACUGAAUUGUAAGACUUUCACAAGGCUCAUUGCAUUUUAUAGAUUUAUAAAAAUUUUCGUUGAUGAAAAGAUUUUUCUUAUAUUUUUAGUAGUAUUAAAAAUUUAUUUUAAUAUUAUUCGCUACUUCUAACGUCGUUUCGCAAUUUACGAGUAUAUAAAAUUAAAUUAUUAAAUAUCCUGCAAUUAAAAAUCUAGCUAACCAUAGCGAAGCUUAUUGUGAUUUUUUGAAUUAAUUCUGCUGUGAAAUUAAUCUGAAUUUAAUUGUAAAAUUAUUCAAAAUUGCAAAUGAA